UCCAGAUCAGACACAGCCCUUUAAUGUUUCCAUAAAUUCUGUCCACAUAAAUAUAUUGCCUACUAUGCCAAUCCUAUAAAGUACAGGUCUAUUAUCACAACAAAAGAAGAAAAAAAAUACAUAGCCCCUUAUCAUUAUUCAGUUUUGCCAUAUCCUUCAAGACCCUCAAAAAAUCCAAUUUUUUCAAGAAUGGGAACUUCUGUCGAAACCAAAUAUGGAGAAUACACAUAUGAAAACCUUGAGCGGGAACCCUACUGGCCUUCAGAGAAGCUUCGAAUCUCUAUUACGGGAGCUGGUGGAUUCAUUGCCUCACACAUUGCAAGGCGUCUGAAGACGGAGGGGCAUUACGUUAUUGCUUCCGACUGGAAGAAGAAUGAGCACAUGUCUGAGGACAUGUUCUGUCAUGAGUUCCAUCUUGUUGAUCUUAGGGUUAUGGAUAACUGUUUGAAAGUCACAAAAGGAGUUGAUCAUGUGUUCAAUCUCGCUGCUGAUAUGGGAGGUAUGGGCUUCAUUCAGUCCAACCACUCAGUGAUCAUGUAUAACAACACUAUGAUCAGCUUUAACAUGAUGGAGGCUUCAAGAAUCAACGGUAUUAAGAGGUUCUUUUAUGCAUCCAGUGCAUGCAUCUACCCUGAAUUUAAGCAGUUGGAAACCAACGUGAGCUUAAAGGAGGCUGAUGCUUGGCCUGCUGAGCCUCAAGAUGCUUAUGGCUUAGAGAAGCUGGCAACAGAGGAGUUAUGUAAGCACUACAACAAGGACUUUGGAAUUGAAUGUCGCAUUGGACGUUUCCAUAACAUUUACGGUCCAUUUGGAACAUGGAAAGGUGGACGCGAGAAAGCACCAGCAGCUUUUUGUAGAAAAGCCCUCACUUCCACUGACAAAUUCGAAAUGUGGGGAGAUGGAAAGCAAACUCGAUCUUUCACCUUCAUUGAUGAAUGUGUUGAAGGUGUUUUGAGGUUAACAAAAUCAGACUUUAGAGAGCCUGUGAACAUCGGAAGUGAUGAGAUGGUAAGCAUGAAUGAGAUGGCAGAGAUAGUCCUCAGCUUUGAUGGCAAGAACCUUCCUAUCCAUCACAUCCCUGGACCAGAGGGUGUGCGUGGUCGAAACUCUGACAACACUCUCAUCAAGGAAAAGCUUGGGUGGGCCCCUAGUAUGAGAUUAAAGGAUGGGUUGAGAAUUACAUAUUUCUGGAUCAAGGAACAAAUUGAGAAAGAGAAGUUGAAGGGUGGCGAUGUGUCCGCUUAUGGGUCAUCCAAAGUUGUGGGAACACAAGCUCCGGUUGAAUUGGGCUCCCUUCGGGCUGCCGAUGGCAAAGAGUGAAGUUGAUGAAGCCAAGCUAUCAUUUGGUAUGCAUGACUGCCGUCUUUAGUUCCACCAUGUUUUGUUCGCGUGGAACGUCUACCUAUUGAAAUAUUUAUAUUAUGUACCGAAGCUGUUCCUUUUUUUUUUUUUUUCCAUUUCGCCUCCUUGCAGACCUACCAAAUAAUGCUUGCAUUCAGUGAUUUCUUUUUACUUCCUCAAUGCCUUUACGGUAUUCUGGGUUUGUAUGAGACAUAGCUAUUUGCUAUCAAUCUAUCAUUUUUUUUGCUCCUUUCUGAAA